AUGGCCUUCCACCUCGCCUGUCUGGAAAUCUCUGAAGAACUCUAUGUCUACACCGAUCUCCCAACCGACGAACCAGAGUCAAUCCGCCUUCUAAAAUUGUGUUCCGGUCCCAAUGAGCCAAUCAAAGUAUCCCUCCAAGUAGCAAAUCUCGAUAAAAAUCCACAAUACGACUGCCUCUCUUACACUUGGGCGGACCCUCUUUACCACGGCCUGUCCGCGCCAGCGGAUAUACAAAUCACUAACGGCGAACGCUCUAUUCCGAUUCUCUGCGAUGGCUUAAUUUUGAAAAUCACAUCUAAUCUCCAGGAAGCGCUUAAAGAAUUGAUAAAUCGCGCAGCACAAGAUACAGAACGCCAGAACCUAAUCUGGAUCGACGCAAUCUGCAUCAAUCAAUACGACGAAGCCGCCAAUAAGAAGGAAAAAGGCCAUCAGAUAAACAUGAUGGGUUCAAUCUAUAGCGCCGCAAAAUCGGUAAUCGUAUGGCUUGGGAUUACAGAUGAACACUCCAAGCCGGCGAUCGAAGCGGUGAAUCUCUUUUCUACUAUCGAACCCGAGACGUUCAGUAACGUGAGGAUCUCUACGCUUUUUGAUGACGUGUUGAAUGAGUUGACCGAUGAGGUUGAUAUUGAGUGGUUGAGUCUUGCCGCGUUUUUGCAAAGGACUUGGUUUAGUAGAAUUUGGGUAGUGCAGGAGGUGUUUCUACCAACCAAGAUUCUGGUGCUUUGCGGUUCAAGUACCCUCACUUGGUCCGCAAUAACGGCCUGCUCGCGCUUCCUCCGCGCCACAAACCUGGGAAACGUUCUCAUGGAAGAAGCAGAAAAGGUGACAAAUCCAAAUACUGCCACGGAAACGGUAUAUGUAAAGAACAUCCUCUCAAAUCAAUACAUUUUCGAAAGCAUGCGAGAGCAGAAAAGAGCAGAUAGAGUGCUAAACCUGGAACAGCUAUUGAGUUAUAGUCGAUAUUUCAACGCAACUGAAGCGCAGGAUCAUGUCUUCGCAUUGUACGGUAUUUGGGCCAAGAGCCUACCUAAAGAGAAAAUUCCUGAACGAAUGGGAGCCGAAUUGAAGGAGUCAGUCGCACGAGUAUACACACGUGCUACCCUGGAGUCGAUACGCGAGACUGGUGAUCUGAAUAUCCUUUCACUAGUAGAGGAUGCUUCCGUUCGAGCAAUUCAGUUGCAAAGAGAAGGAUUACAGGAAUUGUCAGAUCUGCCAUCCUGGGUGCCGGAUUACCGGGUUGUGUUGCAGCCUACUCCAUUAUCUGGGAACCCACGACUAACGGGUGGGGACGUAGGACGCUGGAAUGCUAGUGCAGGUUUGAUUUGGGAGAUUCCGAUUAGUGUUGAUAACAGCGCGCCAUCUGUGCUACUCCCCGUGAAGGGGGUUUGCUUCGAUACCAUCUCCGAGAUAUCGAAAGCAGAAUCAGAAAUUAUGGGAAGACACCAACUCAAAUCCAUUCUCUACCUACUCUCAAACUGCCCAUCUACCUACCCAGACGGAAGCACCACCAUCGAAGCCUUCUACCGAACCCUAAUCAAAGACACCUACCUCAACCAACCAGCCUCCAGUUCCGCACGACUCGCAUUCCCGUACUUCAUCCUCAUGCGAGUUCUGGAGCUCGAAGUCGCAAUGAACAAUGAACCCGAACAAUACACCACCCAAAUGACUGAAACCAAAUCGUUAAUCCAAGACCUCUGCUCUAGGCCAGAUAAUAAUGGAAUUAUACCAAGUUGGGAGAUGAUUGAAGAAAUGAGGGGAAAGAUUGAGGAUGAAGAUAAACCGCCAGAGUUGACGAGGGAGAUUAAUGAUAUUCAUCAUGGAGUUUUGACGGCUGUUACUGCGAGGAGGUUGUUUAGGUGCGGGAAGGGGUGGAUGGGGAUUACGGCUGAGUCGGUGCAGGUGGGGGAUGUGGUUUGGGUACUGGCGGGGAUGAAGGUGCCGGUUGUGCUAAGAAGCGUAGAAGGAAAGAGGUGGAAGGUUGUAGGGGAAGGAUAUGUGCAUGGAAUUAUGAACGGAGAGGGGAUCAGAGGAAGGGAGAAAGAAGUUGAUUCGAUUGACUUGGAGUGA